AUGCCUGAGCCCCUCCUCUUAAUAAAAGAGACCCGAAUCGAAUCGAACCGACUCGAGCCAAGCAGAGCUGAGCUUAGCCAAGCCAAACCAAGACAAGCUGAGCGAAGCCCCAGCCCAACCCAGCCCAGUCCAGCCAAGCCAGAUCCAACCGACCCCAUCCAAGCCGAGCCCAGUCCGGAUAACCACAAACCCAGUCCAGUCCAGCCCACCCCAACCGAACCCAGCCCACCCCAAUCUAACCCAGCCAAGCCCAGCCCAGCCCAACCCAACCCAACCCAGCAAAUCCACGCACAGAUAGUCCAGGCCAAUCCACUCCAAUCUAGCCCAUCUUAA